AUGCCUGGCCAACUCAUUUCCCAACCCAAUCCCCCUCCAGAUCCCUCUCUCCUACCCGAUUCUCUCCUCGAAUAUCGCGUCCAGCUAGACACGAAUGGCAUUCUCUCCCCCGAUGACCUCGAGGCAGUUAUCCAAUUUAAACGCGCCGCCAACUACAUUGCAGCAGCAAUGAUAUUCUUGAAGGAGAAUGUUCUUCUUGAGCGUCCUAUAACCCCGGACGAUAUCAAGCCUCGCCUACUUGGACACUGGGGGACCUGCCCUGGGCUUGUUCUUGUCUAUGCCCAUAUGAACCGGAUUAUCCGCAACACUAACAUCGACGCGCUCUACGUUGUUGGCCCCGGCCAUGGUGCUCCCGGUAUACUGUCUUGCCUCUGGCUCGAGGAAUCUCUCGCGACAUUCUGGCCACGCAACACGCGUGACAAGAAGGGCCUGCACAAUUUGAUUUCGGGUUUCAGCGCUCCUGGUGGUUUCCCGAGUCAUAUCAAUGCAGAGACUCCUGGGUCUAUCCACGAGGGCGGCGAGCUCGGAUAUGCACUCGCAGUAUCCUUCGGAGCCGUCAUGGACAACCCUGAUUUGAUCUGCAUUUGCGUGGUAGGCGACGGGGAAGCAGAGUCUGGCCCGACUGCUGCUGCGUGGCACGGAUAUAAGUACAUCGAUCCUGCUGAAUCCGGUGCGAUCUUGCCGAUCGUGCAUGUCAAUGGGUUUAAGAUCUCGGAGCGUACAAUUUACGGCACAAUGGACGACAAGGAACUCGUCGCUCUGUUCGCGGGGUACGGAUACCAGGUGCGCUUCGUCGAAGACCUGCCGCAUAUCGACGAGGACAUGGCCGCGUCGCUGCAAUGGGCACUCGGCGAGAUCCAUAAAAUCCAGGACGCUGCGCGCAACGGAAGGCCGAUUGUGAAGCCACGAUGGCCGGUGCUGAUCCUGCGCACGCCGAAGGGCUGGUCAGGCCCUAAGGAGAUUCAUGGCGAGUUUAUUGAAGGCUCGUUCCACGCACACCAGGUACCACUGCCAAAGGCAAAGACAGAUAAAGAGGAGUUACAGGCGCUGCAAGCCUGGCUCGAGUCGUACAAACCGAAAGAACUGUUCGACGCGGAGGGCAGGCCGAACAAGAAGAUCCUGUCGAUUAUACCGGAGAGGCAGGAAAAGAAGCUAGGACAGAGGAAAGAAGCAUAUGCCGCGUACACACCCCUGGAUGUCCCUGCCUGGAAGCCCUUCGGUGUUGAAAAGGGGACAGAGGCGAGUUGCAUGAAGACUAUCGGUGAAUUCUUGUACCAGGUUAUCGAGCAGAACGCGCAUACAUUCCGCAUAUUUUCCCCGGACGAACUUGUGUCGAAUAAGUUGGAUGCUGUUCUGCGGCACAGCGGGCGCAACAUGCAAUGGGACGUUGCCUCACGCGCGAAUGGCGGGCGCGUGAUCGAAAUUCUCUCUGAGCACACCUGCCAGGGUAUGCUGCAAGGGUACACGCUCACCGGGCGUACAGGGUUGUUCCCAAGCUACGAAGCAUUCCUGGGGAUCAUCCACACGAUGAUGGUGCAGUACAGCAAGUUCGUGAAGAUGGCGCGUGAGACACCGUGGCGUCAGCCAGUCGGCUCGCUGAACUACAUCGAGACAAGCACGUGGGCACGCCAGGAGCACAACGGGUUCUCGCACCAGAAUCCGUCGUUCAUUGGCGCGGUGCUGAACUUGAAGCCCACGAUCGCGCGGGUGUACCUCCCACCAGAUGCGAACUGCUUCUUGUCGACGGUCGCGCAUUGUCUUAGGGCGAAGAACUACGUGAACUUGAUGGUCGGAAGUAAGCAGCCGACGCCGGUGUGGCUGAGUCCUGACGAGGCGGACAGGCACUGUAUUGCAGGCGCAUCCGUCUGGAAGUUUGCGAGCGUCGACGACGGUACCGACCCAGACGUUGUGCUUGUCGGAAUCGGGGUCGAAGUGACCUUCGAGGUCAUUGCAGCGGCAGCCAUGCUUCGUCGUCGGUUACCCCAUAUGCGCGUACGCGUCGUCAACGUCACAGACUUGAUGAUCCUCGAGCCAUAUGGCGCGCAUCCGCAUGCGUUGAGUCAGGCCAACUUUGUGGGGCUAUUCACAAAUGACCGUCCCAUCCACUUCAAUUACCACGGGUACCCGGGUGAGCUCAAGUCACUGUUGUUUGGUCGGCCUAAUUUGGAUCGUGUCACUAUCGAAGGCUACGGCGAGGAGGGCACUACCACUUCACCUUUCUCGAUGAUGCUGCUGAACCACACGUCUCGGUACCACGUCGCUGUACACGCAGUGAAAGGCGCGGCACUCAGGAACCCCAGGGUGGCGAUCGACCUGCAUGAGGUCGUCAGCGAAAUGCUGCAUCAAGCAGAGAAGGACAAGGAGUACGUAUUGAGACAUGGUGCUGACCGUGAGGGGACGUUCGACGUCCCCACCUUCGAGUGA